AUGAAGAUGAAGAUGAAGAUGUGGGCUCUCCUGCUGCUGCUCCUCACACACACCUCAGGAGCUGAAGACAUCUCCACAGUCAGUAAAGUUAGCGUUGGCGAACAUCAGAACAUCACCAUCCCGUGUGUGUACGCUAAGGAGUUGGUGGGAUUCAGGAAGUACGUGUCUUCUGGAGACUUGUGGCUGUUCAGUGGGACUGUGUCCAGCAGACGUGUGUGUGUUGUGGAGCACAGAGAGCAGCAUUUCUUCACACUGACCCUAUCGGAUGCUAGAUCUGCAGACUCGGGGAGAUACUGGUGCGCUGUGGAGAAAUACGGGCCCGAUCUGCACGCUGGAUUCGACAUCACUGUUACUGAAGGCCCGUCAGCUCUGCAUGUGUCCAGUCAGAGUGUGUCCGUGUCUGAAGGGUCCGACGUGACUCUUCUGUGCACCGGAGCUUCACACUGGUGCAGCGUUGGAGGAUCCUGUGUGGAGAAACACAGAGGAACGCUGAAUAAAGCAGACGUGACCCUCAGCAGAACAGCAGGAGUUCUGAACGUCACCAUGAAGAGCCUGCAGACCACACACAGCGGCUGGUAUUACUGCACAGACCAGAACACGCAGAUACCGGUUCAGAUCACAGUGAAGAAGAACGACCCAGCAGGAGAAUACAACAACACUGAGCACAGCUGGAGUGGAGAAGCGGUGGGCUCUUCUGCUGCUGUGUGUGUGUGUGUGGCUCUGCUGCUGCUGAUCUGCGGAGUCUGUACACUGACCAGAGUCAGGAGACACACACGACACACAGCUGACAGUGCAGAUCCUCCUGAAGGCACACAGCAGAUCCUCAUCAGCAGUAUUACAGAAAAAAGGACAAACAAAGCAGCUGAGUCUGACCUCUAUGUGUGUAUGUCUGGUGUUCAUCUAAAGCAGCAGGAGAAUGGGCACAACACUGAGGACACAUCUGAAAACCUGUAUGAGAUCAUGUCUGAAAUAAAACAGAGCGAUCAGGCAGGGGGAAAAGCAAAGAGUCAACAUGAAACACCCAUGACUGGGAUUACACAAAACAUUCAGGUGGUCAAGACGUGA